ACAUAAUUUUGAAUAUUUUGUGUUGAGAAAAACCCUAAUUAGAAAUUGGAGAGCCACCCACCUUGAGAGAGAGAUUCCGGAUUUUUCCAGUCGUCUGACGCCGCUGCUCGCCGUCCGCCACCAGAAGCCGCCGGACGCCUCUAGAAGCUGCACGCCGUCGCCAUCGGAAGCCGCCGCCGCCGGAGUGGGCUGGGCAAAUUAUCCAUAUUUUAUAAUUACAUAGAAUCUCAACACUCUCCAUAUUUGAUAUAUUUUUUUGUUGCUUUUCUAUCGGUGUAAUUCUGCAUUUUGAGGAGCAAAUUAUCCACAAACAUGGUGGAGCUUCUAUUUGAUGAUAUUUUCAAGGUCAAGUGUGUCAACCCAGAUGGGCAAAAGUAUGAUAAAGUUUCUAGAAUUGACGCAAGGAGUGAGAAACUUGCCAUGCAUAUGCUUCUGGAUGUAAAUACAGAGAUAUAUCCAAUUGAUGAAGGUGAGAAGAUUCUGAUGGUCUUAUCUCCCACACUAAAUUAUGAUGGAGCUCCUGUUGCCAGUCAUAGUAGUCAGGAAGGGAAGAAAUCAUUAGCAGAUAAGUUUGAGUAUGUGAUGCAUGGGAAACUAUACAAACUUUCAGAAGAAGGCUCAGGAUCAGACUUGAAAGUAGAGGUUUAUGCAUCUUUUGGAGGACUCCAAAUGAUGUUGAAGGGCGAUCCUGUCCACUGUGCCAAAUUCAGGGUAGAUCAGAACAUGUUUUUGCUCCUUCGGAAGCUCCCAUGAACUGCAACCAUCACUCCACUUCUUCACUCUCAUGGCCUUUGUUUUUACAGAAAUUAUUAUCUAUGGCCUGAUUAUUUAUUAUAUUUACAGAUAUCUUGUGAAUUGAAGAUCUUUACUAAAUUGAUUUUCCUAGUUUGUUGGAUGGUUUAACAUAACAAGUGUUCUUUUUCCCUUCCUA